CGUUGCGCACGCGCAGUGGUCCAGCCCGGGUCCCUGUAAAGAUGUCUGAGCAGGCGGGGAGGGAGUGGAGCGGAGGACUCGAAACCAGUGCAGAGAACCCGUAACUGUCUGUCGUUUCACCGCUCAAGGUCCAUGUGAUUCUGAAGAGCAGCUGAAAUGUCCAGUUGCAGCCAGGGACCUGUGAAGGGGGAGGCAGCCACAAUAGUGCCUCCUUCUAGCUCCACCGCCUCACAAGGACCGCCCCUUUCUCCAUCCACCUCCUCCAAGUCACCUGAGCUUCCAGAUGAGCUGGUCCAGGCCGGAUGGGCCAAGUGUUGGUCCCGUAGGGAGAACCGGCCGUACUACUUUAACAGAUUCACCAAUCAGAGCCUGUGGGAGGUACCGGUUCUCGGUCAGCAUGAUGUCAUUUCCGACCCGUUGGGUCUGAAUGCGGCGCCAGCAGAGGUCAGUGAUGGAAACCUUGGAAAUGGUCAAAGAAAGAGGCGGAGCUCUGAGGAACAGGGGGCAGGGCCUAACAGUUUCAAACGUACAAAGGUGGAACCCAGUACCCCCAUCUCUCCCAGCACCCCUGGAGCCAAGCCUUGGAGCUCCGCCCCCGAUGAGAAGCCAGCCCAGAUGGCCACACCCACAACGGCGAGUCCAGCUCCAGCCCCGUACAGACCGGCCGUGAUCUACUGGGAUCUGGAUGUUCAGACUAACGCAGUGAUCAGAGAGAGACCUCCUGCCAAUCAUCUGCCCCCCCAUCCCGAGAUCGAGCUGCAGAGAGCACAGCUCGUCACCAAGCUGAGGCAACACUACCAUGAGCUGUGUCACCAGAGAGAAGGUAUCGAUCCGCCGCGGGAGUCCUUCAACCGUUGGCUGUUGGAGAGGAAAGUGAUUGACAAAGGUCAUGACCCUUUACUACCGAGUGACUGUGAGCCCAUCAUCUCACCGUCCAUGUUCAGAGAGGUGAUGAACGACAUUCCCAUCAGAUUGUCGCGCAUUAAGUACAAAGAGGAGGCCCGGAAGCUGCUGUUCAAAUACGCCGAAGCUGCCAAAAGGAUGAUUGACUCCAGAAAUGCAAGUCCGGAGAGCAGGAAGGUGGUGAAGUGGAACGCUGAGGACACCAUGAACUGGCUGCGUAGAGAUCACUCUGCCAGCAAGGAAGACUACAUGGACCGCCUGGAACACCUGAGGCAGCAGUGUGGACCUCAUGUCACUGCUGUAGCCAAAGACUCUGUGGAAGGCAUCUGCUCCAAGAUCUACCAGCUGUCAGCGGAGUACAGCCGCCGUCUGAGACAAACACACCUGAGUCUGCUGCAGGACCCGCCUACAGAGGUGUCUGCAUCGCCGCCACAGCCACGGCUCGUGUACUGUUACCCUGUGCGUCUGUCCAUCUCGACACCCCCCCUCCCACGGGUGGAGCUGCACUUUGAGAACGACGUGGCGUGCCUCCGCUUCAAAGGAGAGAUGGUCAAAGUGAACCGGGGACACUUCAGCAAGCUGGAGCUGUUGUACAGGUACAGCUGCAUAGACGACCCUCGCUUUGAUAAGUUCCUGUCCAGAGUCUGGUGUCUCCUAAAACGAUACCAGGUGAUGUUUGGCAGCGGAGCUAACGAAGGAACGGGUCUACAGGGGGCUCUUCCAGUGGCGGUGUUCGAGGCAUUAAAUCGACAGUUUGGAGUUACGUUUGAGUGUUUUGCUUCGCCGCUCAACUGCUACUUCAAACAAUUCUGCUCCGCGUUCCCUGACAUCGAUGGCUUCUUCGGCUCCAGAGGACCCUUCCUGUCCUUUAGUCCAGUCAGCGGCUCUUUUGAAGUGAAUCCUCCCUUCUGUGAGGAGCUGAUGGCUGCAAUGGUGACACACUUUGAGGACCUGUUGGACCAGUCUUCUGAGCCUCUGUCCUUCAUCAUUUUUGUCCCUGAAUGGCGUGACCCGGUGACCCCAGCUCUGACCCGCAUGGAAGGUAGUCGGUUCCUGAGACACCAGCUUAGUAUCCCGGCCUACGAGCACGAGUAUCGCUCUGGGGGUCAGCACAUCUGCAAAAGGGAGGACAUGUACUACCGGGCAGUACACGGUACCGCAGUACUCUUUCUCCAGAACGACGCAGGAUUUGCUAAGUGGGCUCCAACACCGGAGCGCCUGGCCGAGCUGACCACGGCGUACCGUCCAUCUUUAACCCGCACCCCGUCCCUGUCCUCCCCUGGCCCCGCCACAACUCCUGGAGACAGGGACUCCACCCCCAAGUCUUCUGAUAGGACACAGACUGGCAUGGUGUCACCUGGUGGCCAUGACAACAAUAACAGCAGCAGCAGUAGCAGCCCUCAAGACAAGGUUACUGCUGUCUAAAGGGGUGUGGCGUGCAUUGGCCACGCCCUAAUGUAUAUAUAUGUGUGUUCUCCAGCGUCCCCUGGCCCCAUCUGUAGCACACCCUCACCUAACAGCUCUUGCAAUUUGGGGCAGAGCCUCAUUUUAUGUUCACAACGUCCUUUUAAUGUUUUGAAGCUCUGGAGCUUUUUUCUCACCUGCAGCUGAGUCAUGCCAAGGUGGGUCUGCUGUUGCUGAGCAACAAGUUAGUAGGAAAUGAAGGAGCAUCAAUAUGUCAAAGCUCCAGCAAUAAAAAAUAACCUGUGUCAUGUGACUGAGCAGGACUCUUAUUGGCUCCCACUCCCAUACAGCUUGGUGAUUGGUUGACAAGGCAGCUAUUGUUUUUAUUGGACUCCUCUUCAGUGAACUUGGACAAAAUCCAGCAAGGGCCGCCUCUAGUCCCUCCUCUGAAGGAGUGGGUGGAGCCGGAGCUGGAUUCAGACUGGUCAGAUGGACAAAGGGGGUGGGGCCACUGUCCUAGGUGGGGCUCCCAGGUGACCCUUUUGGUGUGAAGUGAGAUGAGCUUUUAUUUUCCAUGUUUAUAUUUCAACAAAUGUCAUUUUCCUGUCAAAAAUAUUAAUGCACAUUUGGUACUGGUUUAAUGUUUCUUUUAUAUAGUUUAAUUUUACCAUUAAAGUAAUUUUAAUUGGCUGAACAGCUCCUUAAAUUAUGUAUUUUUCUACAAUAUGUUAAUUUAUAAGAAUGACUUUAUUAAUUGGAUAGUUUUUUAAGUUUAGUCUGGAUUAAUUCAGAUCAGUUUAAUCUGUUUAUUCUGUUUUAAUUUGAUUUAACCCACUUUGGUCUGGUUGCAUUUAGUUUCAUUCAAUUAAUUUAGAUGAGCACUCAAAAAAUUUCUAAGGCUCCUCCCACUUCUGACUCCCAGCAGUCGGGUGUUUUCUGAUUGGCUGAUGGUGGAACUUUCAAGCGCCUGUGUGACACCAUUUGAGUAAAUAUGUACAGUUGAACUGAUCUGAAAUCUGUUAAUGUUUUUGCUGUUUGUUUUAAUUUAACCUUUUUAAAGAGAUGAGAUGUUUGUGUAUUUACCUUUGUUUAGAUUAUUUUGACCCAAACCAAAGUGUUAUUAAGAAGGUCUAUAUCGGUGUGUACAGUACAGGUGUGUAAACUCUACAAGAGCUGAGAUACUCUUUUUCUUUGUGCAUGAAAACGAUCAGACUCUAAAUGAUGCUUGUGGUUUUCAGAGCAAACGUCUUCUCAUGAUCACAUCUUUCCUCACGUCUUUGAAAACAUCAGCUGUUUAUUGUCAAGGAGCUGUCUUAGGACGUGGCUGUUAAAAACUCCAGAAGAGAAAAAAUAAAUAAGAGGCCUUUAUUGAGAUGAUCUGAAAAAAACAUGGGCUACUCAGCUGAUGUUGACCAUUUGAUGUAAAGAAGGUGCGUUUGACUUUACCUCUUCAUAAGAAUGUGAAACUCUGACUUUGCAUCAGAAAAACACUCAAACUGAAUUCAGUUUUGAUGAGUCAUUUGAGCAGAAAACAUCUCUGGUUGAAUAUCAGUGAAUCUGAUGUAAACAUGCUUGUCGUGGUGGCGGCGGCUAUGUCUUGUGACACUGUAAAGGCUCAAAAUCCAGAGUCUUCGUCACUGCAGAGUGUAAAUACAGUGUCCUUCAUGCAGCCUGCGGACAAACUACAGUUCCUCUCCCAGUAAAAAUAUAUCCAGCCCAGUUUAAA